UGUUCACGUAUAUGUAAAACCAGAGUAAAACAUUAAAAAUUUUUCCUAAUUGUAAGUUUCGCCCAUUAUUUGUUUCGCGUCAUUGUGCAAUAGAUACAAAUUAGGAAAAUGUCGAUAGGGAUCGAAAACAAUUCCUGCCUAAUGUUACGCGAUGCUCCGAGAGAAGGCGUUCCUCUCGGCGCUCCGUGGAGCUCGAUGAAUCGCAUGCACGCGCACAUACAUAUAUACCUACACCGUGAAUAAUCUCAAUCAUCUGCUCCGCCGUGUGUGACUUCUGUGUGUGCGACCGGAAUUUAAACAUGACGUUUUGAUAGAAUUGCCAUGACAUCACCGGGGGCUCGUUGCAUUUCCCGCGUUGUACAUCGACUCUAAAGACGAAAGUGUAUAAACGCGAACGUCCGUCGACGUGCGUGAUCACGGCCCUGACAUUGUCGUUUUGACAAUUAACGCCACACCUAAGUCACGCUAUUUAUUUAUCGCAAACCUUCCGCAGGCACGUAAUACAUUUACAUACACCCGCGACAUACGCGCCAGCCAAUAACUCCGUGUUACAGUUUGGCUGUGAUUUAUCCGUAAUUUCGUCCCGUAUAUGCACACACAAUUCCCUGUCGGCGAUCGCGCAGGUGUGAUAUUCGUAGGGAGGGCGAAACACACGUCUCUACGAGACCACCUUAUCUCGUAGCACAGGGCAGAGCUCCACGCGUCGAGCGUGCUGCGGCAAACAAUUUGUAUUCAUGCCUUUUUGUCUGAGAGGUAACGCAACAACCUGCAAAAUGGAAGAAUAUUCCGUCGCGUCUGAUGUGUCGGUGGUGGACGUGUACGACAUCGCGUCGGAGAUAGGGAAGGAAUGCGAGAAGCUCAUAGAUCUGUUUGGCGUGGAGUCGGUGACCAAUCUGAUGCCAAAGGUGAUCAACGCUUUGGAGCUACUCGAGAAUCUUGCCACCAAGAACGAGCGCGAGAACACCAUGGUGCAAGAGCUGAGCGCCAAGAUCUCUCAGCUUGAGAGCGAUAAGAUCGGGAAGGCUGAGGAUAGGCAACGAUUUGAAAAGGAACUGGAACAAAUCGAGGAACAUUGGAGACAAGAAUCGCGUGAUUUAGUAGCCAUGGUUACUAGAUUACAAGAAGAGAACAGACGACUAGCCGAAUCUCUGCACGAAUCACGUAGUGAUAGUCAGUACAGCAGUAAACAAACAACUAUUACACCUAGUCAGGAGGUUGAUAUAGCGGUUCUGCAACACUUGAGGUCCAUGAUAGAUAAACAACGAGAACAGAUUCGUGCCAGAGAUCGAGAAUUGUCGCAAAAAACUGCAGAGAUUGAAAAUUUGAGUGCACAAGUGGAGAAGCUGACUGUCCUGGGACGGGAACUGAAACGUAAACAACGACAGGCGCAAAUGCAAGCCCGAGGUUUAGUGGAAGAAAGGGCCGACUUUUUAGCUCAACUGCAAGAUCAGAAUCGGGAACUUAUAAAUCUUCGGGGACGGCUUGGCAUGGCUAGGAAAGAAAAUGAGGACUUGAGUAAAUUACAGGGCUGUCCUGAUUUAACGAACAAAGCAAUUUAUGACUUGGAUGAUCCUGACAGACCCAGAUUCACGACUGCCGAGCUAAAAGAAAUUUUGCACGAGCGAAACGAAUUGAAGGCAAGAGUUUCGGAUCUUGAAGACGAACUGGAAUUGUAUCGACCAAAACCUGAAAUUCCUGAGGAAGAGGCACCCGUGCAAGGACCACUUCCUUAUGAACCAGACGAUGCACCAUGGAAAAAGUCUUCUGAAUCUGGAAUUCGUAAAUUCUUCCGAAAGAUAUUCUCUGAAUCCAGCAGCAGCUUUCUCGGAGGCAGUAGUCCCAGACGAAGUCUUUCUAGUCUUUCAAAGAUGGCCCUAUCUGGUAGUACCUGUGAUACGUCUAUAUAAUGCUUUUUUAAAAAUACGUUGGAUAAUUUUAAGUGAUUAGGACUGUCGAAGACAACCAGGGACGACAUCGCUUAGGACUAGACUUAUUUACGUAACCACAUUCUCUGACUGCUCGAUAUACAUACGAUUUUACAUAGACAAUUUUAACGUAGAUAUCAAUUCCUGUAAGAUAGUUGACAUUGUUGAGACCUGGUUCAUAGUAGAUAGAUGUGCAUGCAAUGAACGAAUAGAAAACGCUAGAUUUAUAUAAAUCUAUAAUAUGACAGACGAGACUUGUGUGCAUGUACAUAUUUGUAUAGAUGUAAAAAAAGACAAUGUGUAUUUAGCUGCACGACCUUCGUACAUCACAUACAUAAGUACGUCACUUUUUUCGUUUUUUCCAUUUUCUCCUUUUUAUGCAUUGAAAUUAAUAUUCAUUGAUAUUAAUAUGACAUGUAGGAUAUUCAUGUAAUGCAUGUAAAAAAGGUAUUAAUACAAUUAGAGAAAUAUUUCAAGUUUUUUUUUCAAAAUUACUAGGUGCGUGUAGUUUUAAAUGUGCAUUGAUGAGGUUCUAAUUGUGUCUAAUGUGAAACAGGUCUCGUUCUUUCUAUAUAUACGCAGAUACCAAAGUAUCCGAUUAUUGUUUGCUAAGCUUUCAAACAGAUUUAUAUUUUAUCUUACAAUAAUUUUCUUUAUUCUAUCGAUUAUCUAUAUAUGAACUAAUCUAUCUAACUUUGCAAUUAAAUGCAAUUUUUAAUGCAAUGAAUUUUACAUUGAGAAGGCCACUUUUUUAUUUAUUAAUUUAUUAACUUUAUAAUUAUUAACUUGCUUUAACAUAUUUAGUAUGUUCAUUGUAUCCAAAUGCAUUUUAUGAUGUGAUUAAAGCACAUAACGUUUGAAUUUAUAUUUUGUUUUUUAUCUUUCGUACAUUGUUAUAAGUAAUAACAUAUAUAAUAAAUUUUUUUAUCUCAUUUACAUUUGCGGACAUGAUAUUGAAUCUAAUAUAUUUCACAAUCUGUGCCAUGUGUUAAUGUAAAAAUGAGUCUAUUUUUCUUUCCACGUUACAAUUGUAAAUAUACUCAUAAAACAAAAGUUGAUUUAACUGUAUAUUCAUUUCAAUGUGAUAUGUUAGAAUGAAAAUAUAUAUUUCUCAAAUAUGUAGAUAUAUGACGAUAUAAUUAAAAAUUGUCAAUACCUAUAUAUAUAUAUAUAUAUACCAAAUAACUAAAAAGAAGCAAAAGUGGAUAUAUUGCUAUUUUAUAAGAGUAUCUAAAUUAAAGUUAAUAAGUAAUCAAAAAAGUCCUCCGCAAUAACAAGAAGAAAAUUAUACAAAUUUGCGAGUGCUAAAAAGUUUCCAUUACAGAAGAUUCGUUGCAAUCUAUGUUAUAUAUAUUAAAGUUAGCUGUUUAUAAAUGCAAAAUAACUUUGUUAUGUGUAGUGCCUAUUUCAGUAUUACUUAUCAACUCUUGAACGAUUUAGUAAAGCAGUAGUAAAACAAGAGACAAGUACGUAGAAUAAACAACAAAUACAAAUUAAUGAACAAAACGUAGUGAUUGUAGCUAUGGAGCGAAAUCAUAGUUAAUGCUCGUAAAUAAAAUACUUUUGACUCAUUUUAUAAAAUCCAAGAUAUUAAAUUAAUAAUGAAUAUAUUUAAAAAAAAGAGGAAGUUAUCCUAGUUUCGUUGAAAAUAUUUUAUAAUGUAAUGGAACAUACAUGCAUAUCAGUGUUUUAUCCACUUUAUAUCGGACAACAUAUUCCCAAAAAUGUUUUGUGAGUAUAUAUCUUUUAAAUGUAAAUUGAAUUUAUAUUUUAUUUUCAUCCUAUAUACAGCGAGAGAAAAAGAUUCGUUUAUAUUAGUAUAUACAGUUUUUAGAUUUUUAUACUAGCAAAAUAGCCAAGGUAGCAACGAAUUAAAUUUUUCGAAGAAUAAAAGCGCCAAUCUCUUGGAAUAAAUAAGAUUGAAACAUUUGCAUAUUUGUUGCUUCCAUGGCUAUAUAAAUAAACUUUCAUUGACCAAUGCGAUAAUUUAGAAUUGUUGAAUAUCUUUAUACAACAAAUAUAUAAAUAUGCAAAUAGGUUUAUCCCUUUCCAUACAUACUCAAUAUAGCAUCCUAUAUGAUUUUCAAAUAAUCUUAGAUGUAAGAUCAGAGAUAAAAAAAGAUAACAUAAAUAUGACACAAGAAUUACAAUGUUGUCCAUUAUAUAUUGUAAGUAGAUAUUAAAAAUCUAGUGGAUUGUAUAAAAAAAUAAAUAGUAUCUUUCUGGAAAAAUGUAUUACGUACAAUGUAAUAAUAAUUUGUUCAUAAAAAAUUAUAUUUUAGUUCGACAAAAUUUGAUUCGAAUAAAAGCUAGAUGUUUUAAUUUUUUAAUGUUUAACUGGUUGUUAAUAAAAUAGGAAUAUAAUCUACAAUAUGAUUUUAUUACGUUCAUAUUCUUUCGUUUACAUCAUGUUUUAUAACAGUUUUAAGCUAAAUGUGAAAGCUGUUUUUUUACAGUCAAUAUACAAUUGUAAAUUACGAAUAAAUUUUACGAUUAUAUUACAUUCAUAUAUGUGAACAAAUUGUUAUAUCCGUCUAAAGUACAGUAUUUGAUUCAAAUUCGUGAAAAUAAUUUGAUACUUUGUUACAAUAAAAAAUUGAGGUCAUUCUUUCUUGGAACAAAAUAUAAAAUGUCCAUUAGCAGCAAAUAUGCCUAAUAAAGGCAUCGUACUAAAGGUUAUUAACAUUUAUUAAUGUGUUUUCGACUAUGUAAUCAUGUCUAUAUUUAUAUGUUAAAAUUAUUUAUAAUACAAUAAAACUUCUCUAUUAUGUUCCCUUGUAAA